AUGAGUCUCCAGGUCCCUUUCCGCGGCAAGGCGCCCGGCCAGCCGCCCUCAACCAAGGCCGUCAUUCUGGUCGGCGGUCCCUCCAGAGGAACGCGCUUCCGGCCGCUAUCGCUUGACGUUCCUAAGCCGCUUUUCGACGUCGCCGGACACCCCAUUAUAGAGCACUGCUUCCGCGCCAUCACAAAGGUCCCCGAGAUCAAGGAGGUCUUCAUCGUCGGCUACUACGACGAGUCGGUUUUCCGCGACUUCAUCAAGGAAGCCGCCAACAAUUUCCCCCACAUCAAGCUCCAGUACCUGCGGGAAUACCAGGCCCUGGGCACCGCCGGCGGCCUGUACCACUUCCGCGAUGCCAUCCUCAAGGGCCACCCGGAGCGCUUCUUCGUCAUCAAUGCCGACGUCUGCUGCUCCUUCCCGCUGAACGAGAUGCUCAAGCUUUCCGAGGAGAAGGACGCCGAGGCCGUUAUCUUGGGCACCAGGGUUAGCAACGAGGCCGCCACCAACUUCGGUUGCAUCGUCUCGGAUGCCCACACCAAGCGUGUUCUGCACUACGUCGAGAAGCCCGAGUCGCACAUCUCCAACCUGAUCAACUGCGGUGUCUACCUCUUCUCCACCGAAGCCAUCUUCCCCUCGAUUCGCUCCGCCAUCAAGCGCCGCACCGAACGCCCCCGCCUCCUCUCCUACCCCUCCUCCGAGAACCUCGACUCCUCAUUCAUACAGGCCGAAGAUGAAGACGAGGGUGAGACUCAGGUCAUCAGACUGGAGCAGGACAUUCUGUCGGAUCUGGCCGACACCAGGUCUUUCUUCGUGCUGGAGACCAAGGACUUCUGGCGCCAGAUCAAGACUGCUGGCUCCGCCGUCCCCGCCAACGCUCUCUACCUCCAGAAGGCAUGGCAGUCCGGCUCGGAAGAGCUCUCGCAGCCCUCAGCCAACAUCAUUCCUCCCGUCUACAUCCACCCCACCGCUCACGUCGACCCCACUGCUAAGCUUGGUCCCAAUGUCUCCAUUGGUGCCCGCGCGCACAUUGGAGCUGGUGUCCGUAUCAAGGAGUCGAUUGUCCUGGAGGAUGCUUCCAUCAAGCAUGACGCAUGUGUGCUCUACACUAUUGUUGGCUGGAGCAGCAAGAUUGGUGCAUGGGCUCGCGUUGAGGGUACUCCUCUGCCCCACACCACACACAACACGAGCAUCGUCAAGAACGGUGUCAAGGUCCAGAGCAUUACCAUUCUCAGUAAGGAGUGCGCCGUUGGAGAUGAGGUUCGGGUGCAGAACUGCGUCUGCCUGCCGAACAAGGAGCUCAAGAAGGAUGUCGCCAACGAGGUUAUCAUGUAG